CCUCAAACUUUAAAGUGCACUAACGAAGACCAGUCAAAAGAGGUUCGAAUGCGCCCAUGCUUGCAAGAGAUGGCGGACGAGCAGAUGCAACAGCUCAGAUCGCAAGCCACGGAGCUCCUCCUCAGAGAAGAAUGGCAACAAUCCUUACAAGUCUACACUCAAUUCAUCGAUCUCUGCCGUGACGAGAUCUCAGGAGCCCAUGAAAACUCAGACCCAGAUCACAUCUUCAAGCUUCACAAGUCCCUCUGCUUAGCCCUCUCCAACAGAGCCGAAGCGCGGUCAAGGAUGCGAGAUUUCACUGAAGCUUUGAGAGAUUGUGAUGAAGCACUGAAAAUCGAGAGUACCCAUUUCAAGACUCUGAUCUGCAAAGGCAAAAUCUUGCUCGCUCUCAACAGGUACUCUUCUGCUCUUGAUUGCUUUAAAACAGCCUCUCUGGAUCAACAGGAUAAUGGGAAUCUUGAAAAGAUUAAUGGGUAUUUGGAGAAAUGUAAGAAAUUGGAGUUGCAGUCAAGAACUGGAGCUUUUGAUCUCUCCAAUUGGAUCUUGAACGGGUUUCAGGGUAAAUCUCCUGAGCUUGCUGAGUACAUUGGCCCAGUCCAGAUCAAGAAGUCUGAGCUUAGUGGGCGCGGCCUAUUCGCUACCAAGAACAUUGAUACGGGGACUUUUCUGGUCGUAACGAAAGCAAUUGCCACCGAGAGGGGCAUCUUGUCAGGCCAAGAUUUGGCCGAGAAUAUGCAGCUAGUUAUGUGGAAGAAUUUCGUUGAAAAGGUUACCGAAUUAACUACAAAAUGUCAAAGAACCCGUCAAUUUGUUACUACGUUGUCGAAAGGAGAAAUUGAAGAUUCGCUUGAGAUUCCUGAUGUGAGUCUCUUUAGGCCUGAGGCAGAAGAGAAUGUCCAUGACAAUGAGAAGCUUGAUAUUGGUAAUAUUUUGAGCAUCCUGGAUGUUAAUUCUCUUGUUGAGAACUCUGUUUCAGCCAACAUUUUGGGGAAGAAUUGCGGAUAUUAUGGCGUCGGGCUAUGGUUAUUGGCAUCAUACAUCAACCACUCAUGUAAUCCCAAUGCAAGGAGAUUGCACUUUGGGGACUAUAUAAUGGUUCAUGCUUCAAGGGAUAUCAGGGCAGGUGAAGAGAUCACAUUUGCAUAUUUUGAUGUGCUUUCGCCGCUGGAUCAGAGGAAGGAAAUGCUAGAGACUUGGGGUUUUUGCUGUAAUUGUAAGAGAUGCAAGUUCGAGGAGGCAAUGAAAUAUGAGCAGGAGAUGCAAGAAAUAGAGAUGGGUCUUGAAAGUGGGAUUGAUGUGGGAAGUGCCAUUUUCAGGCUAGAGGGAGCUAUGAGGAGAUGUAUGGUGAGGGGGAAGGAGAAGGGUUAUCUUAGGGCGUCUAUUUGGGCUGCGUAUUCGGAGGCAUAUGGUUCGGAGAGGGUGACGAAGAGAUGGGGAAGUCAAAUUCCGACAAUGGAAGUUGUGGUUGAUAGUGUUGCAGAAGCAGUGGGCAGUGAUGGCAGAAUUCUGAAGGUGGUGGUGGAGGGAUUGAAAAAACGAGGUGGUCGAGCGAUGGAGAUGGAGAUGGAGAGAGCGAUGAAGUUGGGAAGAGGAUUGUACGGGAAGGUUGGUAGAAAGCAAGCUAUGAAAUGUCUGCUUGAGCUUAACAUUCAUUGACAAUGCCUGCCAUUCACUAAUGGUAGUACUGAUAUUUUUCAUAGUUGAAUUUGUAAUCUCACUGCAUAGAAAUACAACUUUCUUUUUCACAA